AUGCAAGCAGCCGGCAGUGCAGAGCCGGUGCCACCGAGUCAACUAUCGACCACACCCGCUCUUGCCCAAUUCCAAAUAUCCGAUGCCCAGAUCUUCCUUUUUUGUCCCCCACAUCUUCCCACCCUCACUCACUCUCUCCUCCGUUUCUCGCCUCUCCCUCAACCUCCUCUCAGACCCCAUUCCGUCGCCACCCAGUCACCUGUGCCACCACUGCCACCUGUAGCUUCUGCUGCUGAGGCUGCUGUUGGCAGCAGCAUGAGUGGAGGGGUCGCAACAGUAAGGGGCGCAACUGUUGGUAUUGGGGCGGUGGGGGGUGGCACAGCAGCAAUAGGAAGCGGGGCCCAGCAGGCCCAUCAGGCACAGCAGCGGCACCAGGAGGAGGUGCAGAGAAUGGUGGCGGCAAAGCGGGCGGCGGUGCAGAGAGCAAGGCAGAUGGGCGCCACAGGGCUUGCCCAGGCUGGAAGCUCCCCUUUCUUUUCUUACGUCUUUCUUCCGUUUCUCGGCAAUGCAAUGCCGUUCCUCCCCCGCAGUGCUCUUAUUGCCCCUCCUUUCAUUGCCGUUCCGUCCACUUGUUAUCUGCGCAUUCUCGCCGCGUGCGCGCUCGGAUCGGGUGCCGCCGCGGGCGUUGCGGUAUCCAUCAUGGAUCCCAAGACCUUCAGCGCGCUCUCAUUCGCGGCAACGGACUACAUGACGCCAUUCAUCCGCCUGCUCGACCCGGAGACGUCGCACCAGCUGGCGGUGCUGUCGGGCGAGUGGGGCCUCACUCCACGCGACUUCCGCCCCGACCCGCCCUCCCUUGCCACCACGGUGUGGGGGCGGCGCUUCAGCAACCCCGUGGGCAUGGCGGCGGGGUUUGACAAGGAUGCGCGCUGCGUUGACUCCAUGUUCGCCCUCGGGCUGGGAUUCACCGAGAUCGGCAGCGUGACUCCACUGCCGCAGCCUGGAAACCCCAAGCCAAGAUGCUUCCGCCUCACAGAGCAGAAAGCUGUGAUAAACCGGUACGGCUUCAACAGCGCAGGAAUCGCUGACGUGGCGGAGAGGCUCGGCGCGUGGCAGGCUCGGCGGCAGCAGCAGGCAGCGCAGGAGCAGAAACGGGCAGCGGACGGGCAGGCUCCAAAAAAAGAGAACGUGGUGGAGGAGAGAGUGAGGGACGGAGUGCUGGCUGUGAAUCUGGGGAAGAACAAGACGAGCGAGGAUGCGGCAGGGGACUAUGUGAAGGGCGUGCACGCGCUGGGGCAGUUUGCAGACGUGCUGGUGGUGAAUGUGUCCUCCCCCAACACGCCCGGCCUAAGGAAGCUUCAGGGAAGGUCGCAGCUGCAGGAGCUGCUGCAGCGGGUGCAAGCAGCGCGGAACGAGAUGGAGUGGGGCAAGGAGGGUCCGCCCCCUCUGCUGCUCAAGAUUGCCCCUGACCUCACCACUGAAGACAUGUCUGAUAUUGCUGCUGUCGCCCUCUUUCUCAAGAUUGACGGACUGGUGGUGAGCAACACGACCAUCUCCCGUCCUGACAGCAUCCUGGGUCUGGUGAAUGCGGAUGAGGUGGGGGGCCUCAGCGGCAAGCCUCUUUUUGAGCUCUCCACUGCUGUGCUGCGCCAGAUGUACUCGCUUACUAAGGGUCAAAUUCCCAUCAUCGGCUGUGGUGGCAUCUACAGUGGCGAGGAUGCUUAUAAGAAGAUCCGGGCGGGGGCCUCAUUGGUCCAGCUGUACACCUCAAUGGUCUUCGAGGGAGCUGGGGUGGUGCCAAAAAUCAAGAAAGAAUUGGCCGAAUGCCUCGCUCGUGAUGGAUUUGCGUCAGUGGCAGACGCUGUGGGGGCGGAUUACAGGGAGGCAAGCAAGGGAUUGUAG